UACAUAUGGUAUUUUAAAACUCUUAAUAGCUUUUGAAAGGGCGUCAGAUUUCAUUUAAGUAUGAGUACAAUCACAGGAGACUUUUUACGCAGACGAAGUACACUAGAUAACAGAUGGCAGCAACACGAAUACAGUUCUCGAAACGGAGACGAGAACGGACACCGGCAAUCAGUUUAUAAGUACGAAGGUUUGACAUUCACACAUUGUUUGCUUGUACUUGUAUUUCACGUGCUAAUUUUUGGUUUGGCUGUGUACACACAUCAUUACGUCCCGGAGACAAAAGUGAACGUGGAUAAACGCGAUUUUGCAGAAUGGAGGGCCAGACAACACUUGGACGAAAUUACUUCGUAUGGCGUGAGGCCCACGGGUAGCUUUGCAAAUGAGCACAAAAGUGUCGAGUAUCUGCUUCGCACGCUUCGGACCUUUCAGGAGCGAAAGCGUGGUGACAUAAUUCUCGACAUUGACCUUCAACGGCCUUCGGGAACUUUCAGCAUAGAUUUCCUUGAAGGUUUUUCAAGCUAUUACAGGAAUGUUUCGAAUGUGAUAGCCCGGGUAUCAUCGAAAAAGAGUUACCCGGCCAAGCAUAGUGUAUUAAUCAAUGCACAUUUCGAUUCGACUUUUGGUGGACCCGGUGCCAGCGAUGAUGCAGUUAGUUGUGCAACAAUGCUGGAGGUUAUCAGGUGUCUGACGGAGUCAAACCCACAUAUUGAGCUAGAACAUAGUCUUGUAUUCCUGUUCAAUGGGGCUGAGGAAAAUUUCCUCCAAGCCAGUCAUGGUUUCAUUACACAGCAUCCUUGGGCACACGACAUUAGAGUGUUUGUUAAUUUGGAGGCUGCAGGUGCAGGUGGAAGAGAAGUAGUGUUUCAAACUGGUCCUGAACACCCUUGGUUAAUAAAGAUGUAUGCUAACUCAGCAAAUUAUCCAUGUGCAUCCAUUGUUGGGCAAGAGUUUUUUCAAACAGGAUUGAUUCCUGGUGAAACCGACUUCAGAAUUUUUCGUGACUAUGGUAACAUUCCAGGUAUUGACAUAGCUUACGUUACAAACGGCUACGUAUACCACACCGCGCGGGAUAUCCCUCAGGCCAUAACAUCAGGCAGUGUUCAACGGGCUGGGGAAAACCUUCUGGGCAUGCUCAUACAGCUAUCGCAGUCGCCGCUUGUUGCUGAUCCUAGCGGUGAUCGACAUGGCGCGAUGGUAUUCUACGAUUUUCUGGGUUUAUUUUUGGUAUUGUACCCUCAGCGAAUCGGUUGGAUCUUGAAUGGUCUUGUCGCGGCCGUGACGUUUGUUUGUAUUGCGUUCAAGUUUUCUAGGAGACUCGCUAAGGAUACCCAUGCCUCUGAUAAAGCUCCAAACAGAUCAAUCAGUUUCAAUGGGACCUUGUAUAUCACGUCAUUUGUUAAAGCACUAUUCUACAUUGUUUUAUCAUGGGUGUUGUCUUUGCUGUUCGUUUUUCUCCUCGCUAAGAUGAUAACCGCAAGCGGUCAGUCAUUGUCUUGGUAUUGCAAGCCUUACGUUCUAAUUGGUAUAUACGUGCUGCCAGGAAUGUUGGUAAUGUGUGGAAUACACUACUGGCAGGCAACUCAUUUUAAGAACACGUCUAGUUGGCCUGAAAGAUGGAGUCAGGAAGCCCACAUGUUUUACGCGACCUUAUUCUUAUGGAACACAUUAUUAUCAAUCCUGAACUAUUACAAUAUCGGUUCAGCAUAUCUGUUUAUGUUGAUGGUGGCGUUUCCGUUACUCGGACGUGUUUUUAUCUGGGAGGUCUGUCUUGGAAAAAGUCGCCAAACGACAACCUGCGGCAACGGCAAUGCCUUCGUAACCAUGUAUCUGUUGUCAGUCGCAAUUCCACUAAUGCUGUGGUCAUAUAUGUUUUGGAUGCUGCUAGAUUUUGUUAUCCCAAUAUUUGGCCGAACUGGUGGAAACGAACCUCCAGAAGUUCCCAUAUCGCUUUUUGUUACAUUUUUCGUUUUAGUCUUUCUGUCAUACACGGUCAGUCUGGUUCACGUUGUUAGCCAUGUCAAGCCACUGAUAUUACCCUUGACUGGAGUUUGGUUAUUUUCCACCAUACUUGUUCUCACUGGAACUCUUUUUCCAUAUUCAGCUGAACCGUGGUGUCCAAAACGCUUGGUAUUCCAGCACGUGUCACGGACAUUUUACGAUAGGACGGGCGAAGUAAGUCACAGAGAUUCGGGUCUUUGGGUCGUCCCAUUCGACUACCUUGGCAUCAAGCAUAUAGAUUUUUUACCAGAAUUCAAGGACGCUCAAAAUCCCAAUAUGGAUGAAGGAUUGUUUGGUGAUUUCCCGUACUAUAUGCCUGUCGGCUUCAUGUUCGAUAAAACUUGGUAUGUUCCGGGUUCAGGCCCAGAGGUCUCAACCUUGGCGACCUUGAAAUUAAUAUCGAGGGAGAGUGGUAAGCGAGGACGCACCGUGAAGAUAAAGUUCGAACUUAACGGUCCAUCUCACAUGUCUCUGUACCUGUCACCAAGAUCCGGUGUCGAAAUCAUCGAUUCAUCCUUGGGUGAACUGCACGAAAGGGUAAUUUACAACGAGAAAGAAACUUUUUCCCGCCCUCAAUACUUUGUGUACUAUUCUCACGGAAUAUAUACUGGUCCUUGGUACUUUUGGGUCGAGAUAGAGUCUUUUAGUGCAACUGAAGAUCUGAUCGACAUUGCAAUAGCUGGCCACUACAGUCACGGAAAAGAUUCGCAAUCCACAUUUAUGAAUAAUUUUAUCAACAAACUGCCUGACUGGGUCAGUACAACCGCUUGGGUAAGCGCAUAUCAAAAAUGGACAUUCUAAAAUAAAUAUACCUAUACUUGCUUGGAGUUCAAGGAGUCAAUGAUUGCUGGAUUAGCCUUUCAUUAUUUUACAUGUUCUUUCAUUAUAUUGGGUAUUGGCAACAUUCGUUCGUCAAUUCCUCUGAAAUAAUAAAAAAUUAUGGAAAUUAUUUAAUUAUAUUUUGCGGUAUGUUUUUGAAAUCGAACUACAUUUUAAAUUAUUUUCAAUCUUAAAAAAAUUUUUAUAUAUGUUAUUUAAAAAUGUUUAAAAGUUUAACCUCCUGAUAUUAUUUAACCAAUAUAUUUGUUGUUAUAUUUACAAAAACAUU